AUGCCUCAACCGCUCGAAUUUGACGUCUUUGACGAAGAUGAGAGCAAAGACGAAACUGUUGCACCAGAAGAUGGUUCUGGUGAUAAUGCCUCUGAUGCCGAUGCCGACAGCGCGGAAAACAUGCAGAAAGCGGCAGAAAAGAUGGCACCCCAAAAGUUAGCCGAGUUCCAGUGGAUAUGGAAGACUGAGCACAGAAACCCAGAAGGUCGAACCUAUUGGUUCAAUACCGGCACCAGAGAAAGCGUAUGGGAGAAACCAGAUGACUUGAAGUCACCAUUCGAGCGCGCUCUCAAUCAGACGUCUUGGAAAGAGUACUUUUCUGGGGGAAGGAAGUACUAUUACAACACCCAAACAAAAGAGUCAAAAUGGGAUAUGCCGGAUGAGCUGUUGCUCAUUCUCGAGAAAGUGGAGAAAGAAGGAAAGGCUGCACCUCCGGCUGCGCCUGCACCGUGCUCCCAAUCCAACGCCCUCGUCACGCUUGGCUCCGACGCAAGCUCUGAGCAGCUCAACGGGCAAAGCACCGCCGUUCUUCCGUUCCACGCGACCUCCGUCCUGCCGCCGCGUCCCAACCUACCGGACGAGCCGACGAUUCCUCAUAAUGGCUUCGUAACGGUAGAAGAGGGUGAGAAGGCGUUCACAUAUCUGCUCAGAAAGGCAGGUAUCGACGCGAACUGGACUUGGGAUCAGACCAUGCGCGCGAUCAUCACGGAUCCAUUGUACAAGGCCUUAAAUACUCUUGCCGAGAAGAAAGCGGCAUGGCAAAAGUAUGUCGACAAUCUCAAAGCUAAAGAGCAUGAAGAGCGAGAAGCGCGUCUCGCCAAGAUUCGGCCUGCGAUUCGCAACAUGCUCAAGGGCAACCCGAACGUCUUCCAUUACACGACCUUUCCCACAGCGGACCGACUCUUUGCGCAGCAUCCCAUUUGGCAACAAGCGAAAAUUGAGGCAGAGCGGAGGCUGAUCUUUGAAGAGUACGUGACCGAACUCAAACAGCGCGAUGUGCAAGAGGCCCGUGCUGCGCGCAGCCGCGCUACCACAAAGCUGGUCGCGUUGUUCAAACAGCUACAAGUGGAUGUACUCACACGAUGGCGCGACGCGCACUCGCUCGUGUUGGAAUCGGAACAAUGGAGGGACGACGAGGAUCUUCAGACCCUGCCCAAUCUUGAUAUCCUGCUUGCCUUCGAGGACUACAGCCGCGUGCAAGAACGAGAGUUCGAGGAGCAGAUGCGGAGGACGCAGGUUGAGAAGACGCGCAAGGAGCGAAAGGCGCGAGAGGGGUUCAAGGGUUUGCUCAAGGAUCUAGUGGCUGCAGGUCGCAUCACUGCGCGGUCGAAAUGGAAGUCCGUCUAUCCCUUAUUUUCUACUGAUACUCGCUACCUCGACCUGCUCGGAAAGCCCGGCUCGAACCCCAUCGAACUCUUUUGGGACAUUGUCGACGAGUUAGAUCAGCAACUCGAUUCGAAGAUUGCCAUCGCCGAAUCGGCCAUCAGGAGACACAACGUCAAGCUUGAGGCCGAGCACGCGAAGUCCAUCCAGACCACUGGCGUGAAGGAGGGCGAGGGCGAAAAAGAGGCUCGUCCGGACAAUGCAGGAAAAGAAGGGCCAAAGUUGUUUGCUGUUGUUUCUGAGACGACAGAAGAGGAGUUUGUGAAGGUCCUCGAAGACAAUGUCGACGAGGCUCUCACGAAGUUGACUGAGCAGGAUAUGAAGGAGGUGUUUAAAACUCUGCGCGAUCAGGCUGUCAAGCAGCAAGCGGACGAGCGACGUCGCGCAGAGCGCAAGCAGCGACACAUGCAAGAUGACUUGAGGUAUGCCAUAAAGAAAUUGCCCGAUGCAAUUGACGUCAACAUGUCGUACGAAGAGGCGGUCCCUCUCAUCGAUGGACUUCCGGAAUACAAAGUCCUCGAUGACGAAGGCAGGCGUGCCGCGUUCGCAAAAUUCAUCAAGCGGCAAAAGGAACGGCUACGCGAUAUCUCGGAGGACGGCGGGUCAACCACGAGCCGAAAACGCAAAGAGGUGCCGCCGCACCGCGAACCGGAGCGCGAACGUGAGAAGGGCGCCGAGAAAGGCGGCGAGAAAGAACGGGACCGCGAACACCGAGACCGAGAUCGCGACUAUGAUCGCGAACGAGGUGGCUCACGGUACCGCCAUCACGGCCACGAAGAGACCGACACGUACCACCGUUCUACGAGAGACCAUCCUCGCGAACGUGAGCGAGAGCGGGACUGGGAUCGCGAGCACAGGGAGAAGGAUCGGGAUCGGCACGCUGGGUACAAAGGCACGACCAAACACCACAGGGAGCACGACCGCGAGGACAGGAGGAGACGGUCCAGAGAAGUAGCGUUUGACGAGAAACCAGAGGAUCGAGCAGAAAAGAGGCCGAGGUAUGAGCGAGACGGCGAUGCACCACCGAAGGAGGCGGAAGAACGACCCCCCGAGCGCGCACCCGCAUCAGUUCGUGCAGAGACACCAGAAGAGGGAGAAAUCUGAUUUUUUUUAUGGGUCUUAUUCUGCUAUGCGUGCUGCCUGAGAUGUAAUGCACGCCUCAUUUCCUGAAAAUGUGCAUUCAACAUGAAAUACU